CGGCCACCUCAUUGCUUGCCGGGGAAGCACCUGGAGCGGCCAUGGAGGGCGAUGGUGAACAGACACUCUGCCUCUUCGACGUGGACGGCACCCUGACUUCGGCUCGGCAGAAAAUCACCCCAGAGAUGGCAGAUUUUCUGCAGGCAUUACGGAAGAAAGUGAAAGUGGGAGUUGUGGGCGGUUCAGACUUUGAAAAGAUUCAAGAGCAACUUGGAGAUGAUGUGGUUGAAAAAUUUGACUACGUCUUCCCAGAAAAUGGUCUAGUGGCAUACAAGGAUGGAAAACUCUUGGGUAAACAGAGCAUUCAAGGCCAGCUGGGUGAAGAACUACUCCAGGACCUGAUCAACUAUUGCCUGAGUUACAUUGCCAAAAUUAAACUGCCAAGAAAGCGGGGCACCUUUAUUGAAUUCCGGAACGGGAUGUUGAACAUCUCCCCUGUUGGCAGAAGCUGCAGCCAGAAAGAGCGGAUUGAGUUCUUUGAGCUGGAUAAGAAGGAGCAUAUAAGAGAGAAAUUUGUGGCUGAUUUGCAAAGGGACUUUGCAGGAAAAGGCCUCACGUUUUCUAUAGGAGGCCAGAUAAGUUUUGAUGUAUUCCCAGACGGUUGGGAUAAACGGUUCUGUUUAGAAAUUGUUACCAAAGAUGGCUUCAAAAAGAUCCAUUUCUUUGGAGAUAAGACCAUGCCAGGAGGGAACGACCAUGAAAUCUAUGUGGACUCCAGGACCAUCGGCCACAGCGUCGCAUCACCAGAGCAGACCAGGCAGAUCUGUGAAGAGCUGUUCUUCUCCUAGAGGGGGGCUGUUUCGCACCAGAGCAGAGCAGGCCAUUGUGGGGUGGGGGGCAGGCGAGCGGGACUGCGUCUUGGUGUGCAAGUAGGGGGGAUAGCUCCUCCACCUUUCGCUGCUGCCGCCGUUUCACCCAAGCAGAAAGCCGCUAUUCUGAAGGGAGCGGCUGCUGCUUUGGAGGAGGGGGUGCAGCUGGAAUGGAAGCGGCUACCCCCUCAGUGUACACCAUGCUCCUCAUCUUUCUUUCCCUUCUCCCACUAUUGAAACGGGUGGGGGAACUGGACAGGCAGAACGAGGGACUCCUUCUAACCCGCUGCCUAGUUUUGGUCCUCCACAUUUCGGGGCAAUUCCGAGCAAUGGAAUCUCUUUGUUGGGGCGGAAGCAUCUCCAUGACUAGCUCAAAGACGACCCUUCCUCCUGAGCCAGACUCCUGCAGCUACCCCAAGAUUUCUGCACAGUUAGUCUUUCCAGAAGUAUCCUGCCAGAGCUAAACUCUGCAUGCCUUGUUGGAGGCAUGCACCCGUCUCUCCCCUGUGGCACCAUUUCAGCAGGACUGUGUUCUGGUGCAACACUUUAGCUGAAACCUCUGGCUUCCCACCCUCCCACUCGUGUUGUGUGCAUUCAGCAUUGGCCCGUGAAACAACGCAGAACACGGGACCCUGCCUCCGACUCGGGGCCUCUCCUUGCAGGGGUGAAGACUGCUUUUCAGCCCCACCUUUACCCCACCUCUGCAGACUUCUUCCGUUCCGUGUCAUCGCAGGACCAACAAGUAACGGCAGCAUGACGUGACGAGUGGUCCCGGAUGCCGCUUGGGGAGGAGGCCCAUCAUGCACUUUGUGGCCCUGACGGCAUGCAGCACAGAAGCCGCCCGGUCAGGCUAAAUGCUGCCACCUGGCACUGCCGCCCUUCUCAGUCCGCUGAGUGCUGGCUGGCUGACCGGCUGCAUGGCCCCCGCACCCACCAGGGGGCCACGUGCGCCUCGGUGUGUUUAGGCAGGAGCACGUUGGCCAAGGGAGGGCUGCAUGCCCUCCAGCUCUGCAUGCUCCCAAGGCAAAGGAGACGGGCACCGGCUGCUAAAGUGGCCUCCCUCCCUGACCUGGCACCUACCCAUCCCCCAGUGCGCUGGCCCACAGCGGCCCACAUGCCUGGUCAGUGGCCUUGCCGGCAUGUGGAGGGCACCAGACUGAGGAGGGCUGGCCAGGGUGGAGGCCAGAGGGAAACCACUCGCCAGCUUUCUUGGGGAUGAACAAGGUGGCCAGCAGGAGUAGCAAAAUGCUACCAGAGGAAGCCCAUGGGAGAACGUUCAGGUGGUAGCUAGGAAUCAUGAUGGCAUUUUCUGGCCAUACUGCUAUAGAUGUUCUGUGUUGCGAGAUGCAAACGUCCAAGGGCUGCCCAUCUCAAGCUUGAAACAGCCCUGUUUUCUCUGAAUAUGCCAUGUCAAAAUAGCAGAGCAGUAGGAGAGGAAGGCUGUAAGCACUAUUGCUGUGACUCUGUGUGGAAGGAAUUGGCCUGGGGUGGAGAAUUAAGAGGAUACUCAGGCAAAAGCCUCUGCUGUACCACUUGCAGUUUCAGAAACGUUUGUGGCUGAGAUUAAAAAGGUGGUCCAUCUCUCUCUCUCAGUAGCUCUGGAAAAAUCACUUUCUGAGGGAUGUCUCCCAGCUUGAUUAUGUCAAGAAAAUAUUUGCUUCUGGAAGCAUCCUGAAAGAUGCUAGGUUUAGGGAUGAGGACCAAAGCAAAGCCCAGGCCCCCUGCCCAGCCUUUUGCUCAAACAGAUCCCCUUUCUUCCCAAUAUCUGCUAUUCUGAACACUCCAGUUGUCAGAACUUGUCUUCUCUGGAGCCAGUGGCAGAGAAGUGGCUAUCCAUAUGCUGAACUGCAAUUCCUACUGGCCCGGGCCAGUGCUCAGUGGAUGAUGGAAUAUGCAGUCUACAUUAUCUGGACAGGCAUCCCUGGUCAGCUAAUGUGCUUGGCAUUUAAUGGUCCAUGUACUGGAAGGCACGGCUGGAAAAGGCCAUGAAAUGUCCAGUGACUGGCUUUUCUGAGCCAUUGCCGUUUCUGAACUGUCAAACUGUGAAAUCUGCCAUGACAUUUCUGUAAUGCUGCAUUUUUGCCUGAGUUAUGAGUCAUCUCAUUAAAAUCCGUAUGGACCAGGGUCCAUUUUACAAGUCA